AUGUAGUUUCUCUUAUUUUUCAAAAAUUCAAAAUUACAUCUGCAAUAAUCAUUAGUGAAUCUUAAAAAAAGAUUCAAAAAUUUUUUGUCAAAGUUUCUUCAUUUUGGAAAUUAGUUGACACAUUUUAUUACUAAUUAUGAAUAUUUCCUAUUUAUAUCAAUUCUUUAAGUUCAAACUGAUUUAUUUUUGGAUAAAGUUAACAAAAGUUAAAGUUUCUAAGAGAUUAUUGAUAAUCAUAACUUAUAUCUAAAAACAAUAUCUGAUAAGAUGUUUCUCAAUUAGAAAGUAAAUUUUAUUUAAAUUUUUAGUCCGAAUCUAUUUUAGAUGCUAUAUACAAAGUUAUUGAUAUUGUCUAAAAUUAUCCUAUGUUAAUUGACCGAGUUACUUCAUUAGAUUUAGUUGAUUAAAUUACAAAAAAGAUAGAGACCAUGAGAAUAGAAAAUGAAUUUACAAAAAUGAAAGAUUCCUUUAAUUAACAAAUCUCAGCUUUAAUUUUACUAUUUGAUCAUUACACCUAAAGAUUUACCCAUGCUCCUGAAAGUAAAAAUAAUUUUUUUAUUUUAGUUAUUGAAUGUAUUUUGAAGGUUAAUUUUAAUUAGUUUUACAAAUGA